GUAUACCGAAUGUGGAGUGUGAACUUCAAAGUCAAUUUCUGUUGUUUAUACAGGUCAUUAUUGAGGUUAUGUUAUGACAAUAUGAAUUGAGAAUAAUAUCGUUUCGUUUUGGAAGAAGUGGUAGAAAAAUGACACAGUAAAAUUUUAACGUUUUCCUUCUGAUUUUAUAUUUAUAAAUACAAGUCAGGAUAAUGGAGUUGGAGAGUCCAGAAAGCCCAACCGAAAGUCCUGAAAGUCCAACCGAAAGUCCUGAAAGUCCAACCGAAUGUCCAAAAGUAAUCGAGACAGAAGAAGUACUGUUUAUUGAAGACAGGAGACCUGGUGAUGUUUCCCCUUUCAAAACAACAACUAGUCAUGACUGCAAACCUACGCCUGUUGAGGAACCUGAAAAUUUCAUCCGGUUAAACAAUGAUGAGUAUGGAAAAAUGAGUUUCUCAAGAGUCGAUGAGGUUGAUAAUACCAAAGCCGAAGCAUCACAAGCAACAAGCAAUGAGACAACCAAAAUUGUAAAUCCGGCAGGUGACUUCUUGUUUGUUAUGGAGGAUCGAAACCCACAGCUUUCUGGUCAAGAAACACAAUCUCCCAGAUACAUAAUUAAUGAGAACUUCCGGAAAUCACAAAACCAGAAAGGAAAGAGGAACAAGUUGGCCAACACUUGCUGGAACUGUGAGGAGACUACUCACUCUCUGCGCGACUGUCCGCACCCGAGGAAUCACGCCAAGGUCGCCAGGAGCAGGAGAGAGUUUCAGGAGUCAAGGCCUGCAAUGCCUAUAUAUCGACGGUACCAUGUGGACGAGGGCCAACGGUUGGCACACCUGGUGCCAGGUCAGAUGAGCAGCGCACUGCGGCGUGCACUGGGAGUGGACCCUCGAGAACUGCCCGCCCACAUAUACAUGAUGAGGAGACUGGGGUACCCGCCGGGCUGGCUGGCGGAGGCUUGCGUGUCACACUCUGGCAUUACUAUGUUCGAUGGCCAAGGCAACCAGGUUGCGGAGCCAGGAUCAGAGACAGGGGAGAUCCUGGAGAAAGGCAGCCUGGACAAGUACGAUAUCCGAAAAAUCCAUCACUAUCCAGGAUUUAAUGUGCCUCCACCUCCAGAUACUUACGAUGACAGUGAUUUCUACAAAGUUCCUCCUUUAUCUCGCCAACAAAGUGUGGAGUUGAUGUUGGAGAAGUUGACGGGUCGCAUCGUUGGAGGUUACAAGCGACGGAAACUGUCCCAGGCCACCAGAGACUCUAUCGACGAGUCGUCACAGAGUGAUUCAGAGGAUAUGGACUACGAGGAGACUCCCGAAGCGGCAGAGUUACCCGAGGACAACUGCAAGUUUGUGCCGCCACUGCCAGACGAAGAGGAACUGCCCCCUCCCCCUCCCACAGAGCUGCCCCCUGAGCCUUCUCAGUCAGACGACUCUCAGUCUCAGUCUCAGUCACUGUCAGUCUCGAUGGAGGAAAUUUCGCUGACGCAGUUAGAAGAGCAGAAGAAGCUCCUGCUGGCGGAGCUGAACGAUGUCUCGCCCCUGUGCAGCACACCAGAGAGCAGAAUCGGUAAGAUCAAAUCGGUGGACUUUGGAACACCAAUACUGAAGAGCGUGUCACCUUACGCCAGACUGCCUUCCGCGGACAAGUUCUCAGUCAACAUCUGCGACGUUAUCAACUACGAGAACCUCCCAGACUCCACCGGGAAAUACGAGAAGAUGAGUGGUCUCAUCCGCAAGGUCCGCACUAAACUUUCGAAAAUCAAUAGUGAUCCCUGACAUCAAUAGUGAUCCCUGACAUCAACAGUGAUCCCUGACGUCACUAGUGUGUACUUUGCAGUUUAAGACUGUAUAUAUACUGUAAGUAUGUAAAUCAUUUGUUCAAACACCAUGUACAUUUUACAAGGACCAGUUGAAUUUUAAAAAUCUGUACAUUUUAUUGACAACAAAUUUAUUUGCAUCUUGUUUUUGUGUUUUAUAUAGAUUCUAUUUAGUUUUAGUCUCAUUACAGAUGAUUGCAUUUGUAUAUUUGCUCACAUUAUUUUAUUUUAAACUACUUUAAUUGUUGUAAUUAAAUAGUGUAAGAUGGCUUAAGCCAAGUAAGAUGAGAAACUUUACUAAGUUGCAAGUUCAGAUGACAUAAUAUUUUUUAGUUAAGAAUGCAAUUAAGAAUAUAUAAUGUAAGUUUUACAGAGAUAUUAUCCUGAAUGUAAAUACAAAAACCACACAAGAAACCAUAUAAAUCUUGUGUUUAUUUUCACAAUAUUAUAAUUAUACUGUGUGAAAAUAAAUAAACUGUCUUAUCUUAAAACUA